UGACAUAGGACUGAUAGGGCUGGCUGUGAUGGGGCAGAACCUCAUUCUCAACAUGAAUGAUCAUGGCUUUGUUGUGUGUGCCUUCAACAGGACGGUGGAGAAGGUCGAUCACUUUCUUGCUAACGAGGCAAAAGGAACAAAGGUCAUUGGCGCACACUCACUGCAGGAGAUGGUUGGCAAGCUGAAGAAACCUCGCCGUGUCAUGCUCAUGGUGAAGGCAGGGGCUGCUGUAGAUGCAUUCAUAGAAAAACUGGUGCCGCUGCUGGAGAAGGGUGACAUCAUCAUUGACGGAGGGAACUCGGAGUAUGUUGACACGCAGCGCCGCUGUAAGGAGCUCGCCGUCAAGGGACUGCACUUUGUCGGCAGCGGCGUCAGCGGGGGUGAGGACGGCGCUCGAUACGGCCCGUCACUGAUGCCAGGGGGCGCUCCAGCAGCAUGGCCAGCUAUCAAACCAAUAUUCCAAGGCAUUGCAGCUAAAGUUGGUUCUGAGCCAUGCUGUGACUGGGUGGGAGAAGAUGGUGCAGGUGUGGGUGUGUUUACAACGUGGAACAAGGGCGACCUGGAUUCGUUCCUCAUCGAAAUCACGCGCGACAUCCUCAAGUUCAAGGACACGGACGGGAAGUACCUGCUGGAGAAGAUAAGGGAUUCUGCGGGCCAGAAGGGCACCGGGAAGUGGACUGCCAUCGCAGCCCUGCAGUACGGUCAACCGGUCACUCUGAUUGGUGAGUCUGUGUUUGCAAGGUGUCUGUCGUCGCUGAAGGAUGCUAGGGUUGAAGCCAGCAAAUCACUGAAGGGACCUGAUGCAAAGUUUACUGGUGACAAGAAGGCAUUUGUGGAGCACAUCCGAAUGGCUCUCUACGCAUCGAAGAUCAUCUCGUACGCCCAGGGCUUCAUGCUAAUGCGCUCGGCUGCUGACGAGUUUGGCUGGCAUCUGAACUACGGUGGCAUCGCACUCAUGUGGCGAGGAGGCUGUAUCAUCAGGAGUAAGUUCCUCGGUAACAUCAAGGCGGCGUAUGAGAAGACACCGGACCUCAGCAACCUGCUGCUGGACGAGUUCUUCCGCAACGCGAUCCACAACUGUCAGGCGUCGUGGCGCAUCGUUGUCAGCGAGGCGGCGAGGCUCGGCCUGCCCACGCCCUGCUUCAGCACCGCGCUGGCCUUCUACGACGGAUACCGCUCCGGCUGGCUGCCCGCCAACCUCAUCCAGGCUCAGAGGGACUACUUCGGAGCUCACACAUACGAGCGUCUGACCGCACCGGGGAAAUACGAGCACACCAACUGGACCGGACAUGGUGGCAACGUUUCCUCCUCCACCUAUCAGGCAUAGGCGUCGUCUGCGCGACGGGUCGGCAUGUUCAUGAGUGAGAGCAGGGGAUUGGGCGAGAGGAGGCAGCGUGAUGUGUUGUAGCUCCCAUCUCGACGCUCGGUUUCAGACACACUCCAGCACUGAAGAAGUUGUGUUAGCCUCGUGUCUCGUGCUCUCGCGGAGAUUUCGAGUUUUAUCCGUGAGAAACAAUGUUUGUGUGGGAAAAUUCGUGGCAAUGUUCUUAAGUAGAUGGCAGCAUAAUUAGUGGAAGUACGGCAUGCAGUACGCAAUUAUUCUAGAAGUGGGUAUAGUAAGGUUAUGAUGCCUGGUGCAUACAAACUCAUGGUGAUCUCUGUAGAAGUUUCUGCGUGUGUUAUGUAGAGUCUAUGUAUCUGUGUGUGUCUAUAUAUGUAUAUACAGGAGCCCCUGAUAAUGUUGUUAAUGAUGUGCUCCUGUGUACACAAUAUAUAACUAUUUAGGUAUUAUCUCGGGAAAAUAUUGUGUUUAGAUACAGAUUUAUAUCAUGUAGGGUCAUUCAACAAGAGUAUAUUUUGUAUAUUUUGGUUCAGCUUGCUACCUAGAAGAGCUUUUUGUGGCUACAUGAGCACUCGAACACUCACUACAGCAUAGUUGUGACGGAUCAUUACACUUAUGUCCUACAGGUGGCACCACCAGUACGUUGAUAUGGUAAUCGGGACCAGGUUAGACAUUUGUGGGAACUUUUGGGUAGUGUGUUGAGGAGUGUAGCAAACGUUAGCCACCUAGUGAUGUCGUUUAGAUGAGGGGUGGAUUGUGAUGUGCGUUGAUGUCAUUGAUGCACGGAUGUAAUUAGUUGGAUGCCAGCUCUGAAUGUUGCUGUUACCGGUGAAAGAUCUAGCAAUAAACAUGAAACUCUACUCUCUCUAGUAA